AAGUAUGUGCGAUCAUGAGUGUCGUUGGCUAAUGACAGAUUCAUCGUUCCCGCCAUUUCUCAGCGCCAAAUCCACUUUCUAGUCCUUCCGCCAUGACCCCCUUGCCUCUUCCUCAUCGCCAUUUUCAAACCCAAGCUCUUUCUUCGAUCUCUCCCCUUUCCUUCUCCGCGUUACCCUCCUCCGCCUGUCCGCGCGUCAUUCCCCAUUACCGCAUUGGACGUGACGCUCACUCGCACGCGAACUCUUUUGGGACGCCUCAGAAUCCGUGCUCGAGCGCGUGGCAGCCGUGUAGCAGAAUCCGUACUGCGGCUCGCCGCAUGGCGUCGCACGUGCCAUCUGCGACGACAGCUAAAUCGACGGAUGCGACAGCGAGCGGGACGAAUGGCGGCAACCGGAGCGACAAGGUGGUGUGGGUGAUGACGCAAGCAAAGGAGGUGGUGACGGCAGCGCUGGAGGCGGGUUGGGGGACGGUUGUGGUAGAGGGGGUGGAGGAAGAGGGGGACGGCGGAGCGGGGAAGAAGGCGAAGCGCAAGGGGGCGAAGGACGGGGAGGAGAUAACGGAGGGGAGUGCGCGCUCGGUGGAGGAAACACGAGAAGCCUUCGAGAAACUGGGUCGAGUGCGCGUGGUGACGAGGAGAGGCGGGGCAGUGUACGGGACAGGAGGGGAGAGAGUAGCGGCGUGGGUGCGCGUGUCGAGCGCGGGGGAGCAGGAGGCAAUGUGUGCACUGGCCGGGCAGGAGGACGUGGUGGUCAUGGAUGCAGAGGACUGGAAGGUGAUUCCAGCAGAGAAUGCAGUGGCAGCCUUUGCACCCACGCGCACGUCUAUCUUGGGGGUGGCCACUACGGCUCAAGACGCCCAAGUGCUUCUAGAGUCCCUGGAGGUGGGGUUGGAUGGGGUUGUGCUGCGCACAUCAGACCCCACACAUGUCUUCUCUCUCAAGUCCUACCUGUCUCUGCGGUCCCGCACAGCCUCCCAGGUGGCGCUGGUGCCGGCCACAGUGACAGCCGUGGCUGCUGCUGGCAUGGGGCACCGUGUGUGCGUGGACCUCUGCUCCCUGCUGCCCCCUGGGGCUGGCCUGCUGGUUGGGUCGUUCGCGCGGGGUCUCUUCCUCGUGCAUGCGGAGUGUCUGCAGUCGGACUAUGUCGCCUCACGGCCCUUCAGAGUCAACGCUGGCCCUGUGCAUUCCUAUGUAGCCGUGCCGGGCGGCCGCACAGCGUACCUGUCUGAGCUGACAGCCGGCAGCACAGUGCUGGUGGUGGAGCGCACAGGACAAACCUGGCCGGCCACUGUGGGGCGAGUGAAAGUGGAAGCUCGACCGCUGACCCUCGUGUCGGCCAAGGUGCCUGGGCACGAUGGCAGCUUUUCCAUUAUCCUGCAGAACGCGGAGACAGUUCGCCUCGUCUCUCCCAUUGACCCCUCCGGCCCUGCAUCUUCAGCAGCAGGGUCGGUGUCAGUGAGUGAGCUCAAGGAGGGUGAUCAGUUGCUGCUGGCGGUGCAGCAGAGCGAGGGCAGACACACAGGCAUAGCUGUGCAGGAGUUUGUUCGGGAGGCAUAGUGUACCCAAGCGAACUCAACUAUAGGGCCAGUUAGUUCUUCUCUGCCAGGCCUGUUUUCUCAUAGUGCUCGGUCACUGCAUGCCCUGAUGCGUCAGGGUGCUUCUCUGGUAUGGCCACGAGCGACAUACAGUGUAUCAGCCGGGGAUGCAGUGCAAAGGAAUCCCAUGGUUACGUAAGAUCUCUGUUUCAUUGAUGCCUGGGAAUAAUGUUUCGGUAGAUGUGUGACGCGUGCCUGCAGAAUGACUGCCGAGCACUGUUUUUUCCCACUCAUGCAAUGGAGGACA